AUGAUUGAAGUAGUAUGUAAUGAUCGUUUAGGAAAUAAAGUAAGAGUAAAAGUAAACUCAGAUGAUACCAUUGGAGAUUUAAAGAAAGUUUUAUCAGCCCAAAUUGGGAUUAAAGCUGAAAAGAUUAGAUUACAAAAAUCUUAUUCAAUCUUUAAAGAUCGUAAUAAUAAUAAUAAUUAUAAUAAUUAUAAUAAUAAUAAUAAUAAUUAUUAUUAUUAUUAUGAAAUACACGACGGCGAUGGUUUAGAAUUGUAUUACAACUAA